AUGGAUAGUUCGGCGCCCAGCGCGGCCGAAUUGCCGGACUCGGAGUGGCGCGGCCGAAGAUGCCUCGGCACGUCGCCCCGCACAGCCGCCCGCGCCGCACCGAGCCCCGAGUCUCGCAUCUCACUCACUGCCGACCGCGCAUUUACCCCAGACUCCUCCGCGUUUCGCAGCGAGCCUGGCCGUGAACAUUAUCUCUCCCAAACCCAUAAUUUUUCUAGGGAAAGGUGGCCAGUUUUCAUUACACGAUGCGCGGAAUCGAGAUCAAGGAAUACGUCAAGGUGCGUGUGUACCUCUCUGCCCUCCGUUUCUCACGGCCCGGCGGAUCUCAAGGUCAUUGACCUGCCCGACCCGACGCCCAAGGCCGACGAGUACCUCAUCCAGGUCCAAGCCGCGGCGGCCAACUUCUUCGACAUCCUGCAGGUGCAGGGCAAGUACCAGAACCAGCCGCGUACGUUUUUCUCUCUCCCCUCGGCCCCCUUCCCAUUUCUCAUCUUCCACGUUCAUUCUUUCAUUCCCCAUAUUCUGCGGAUCAGGAAGGGGACAAGAUGA